AUGAGAGGCAUUAUAGCCCAAGCCAUUUUUUUCGUAGCCAUUUUUCUCCCCAUUAGCAUUAAUGCCACAAUUCUAUCAACCAGCUCAAGGUGGAUCGUUAACCAGGACACCGGAGAACGAGUAAAACUCGCGUGCGUCAACUGGAUGUCGCACCUUGAGCCGAUGAUAGCCGAAGGGCUCGAAAAGCAGCCCGUACACGAGAUAGCCUGGCAGAUAGCCGCAGACGGGUUCACGUGCGUGCGGUUCACGUGGCCCACGUUCAUGUUCACCCGUCCCGAUUAUUACGACCUCACGGUCUCCCAAUCCCUUGAUAGGUACAACCUUAGCGACGCAAAAGCCGGCAUUUUGAAAAACAACCCUUGGAGUUUGGGGCUUACAGUCCGAAACCUUCAUAAGGUUGUGGUGAGAGUGCUUGGACAGCACGACCUAAUGGUUAUCCUCGACAACCAUAUAAGCCGACCCGAAUGGUGUUGCAGUCUUGACGACAAUAACGGGUUUUUCGGAGAUCUGGAUUUCGACCCGGACGAGUGGUUGAAGGGCCUGACUGAGGUGGCUUUGAUUUACAAAUAUACAUAUGGGGUCAGUCUUUUCUAA